UUGACGGGCAACGUCGGCGUCGGCUUCCGCGAUAAGCCACAUCUCAAUGUUGGUACCAUUGGACAUGUAGAUCACGGGAAGACUACCUUGACUUCUGCUAUCACAAAAGUGCUGGCCGCAACGAAAGGAGCUCAAUACCGUAAAUAUGAGGACAUUGACAAUGCUCCUGAAGAGAAGGCUAGAGGUGAGCACGUAGAAUGCAAUCUAAAAUUGUUUACUGCCAAACGUCACUAUGCUCACAUUGAUUGUCCUGGUCAUGCUGAUUACAUUAAAAAUAUGAUUACCGGAGCUGCUCAAAUGGAAGGAGCUAUUCUUGUGGUAGCUGCAACUGAUGGAGCUAUGCCACAGACCCGUGAGCAUCUCUUGCUUGCUCGUCAAGUUGGAAUCCCGCGUGAGAAUGUAGCUGUAUAUCUGAAUAAGGUUGACGAAGUUCCGGAUCAAGAAACACGAGAGCUGGUUGAAAUGGAGAUCCGCGAACUACUCAACGAAUUCGAGUAUCCAGGCGACUCGGCACCGGUCAUUUUUGGUUCUGCCCUCUGUGCUCUCGAAGGAAAGAAACCAGAAAUUGGAGAGGAAUCUAUCAAGCAACUUUUGAACGUUCUUGAUGAGAAGUUUGUUAUUCCUGAACGAAACGUCAACACCGAAGUCAUGUUCGCUGCCGAGCACGUUUACUCGAUUCAAGGGAGAGGUACUGUGAUUACCGGUAAACUUGAAAGAGGAACACUGAAACGAGGUGAUAAAAUCGAAAUUAUCGGCUGCGAUCGAGAAAAUGUGAAAUCAGUUGUAUCUGGUCUGGAAUCAUUCCGCAAAACGGUCGAGCAAGCUGAACCAGGAGACCAACUUGGUAUACUACUUCGUGGUCUAGGACCGAAGGAUGUUCGAAGAGGAUGCGUUCUCCUGCCUCAGGGCCAUAAACACAAGGCGACGGACAAAGUCAAGGCUCAGUUGUACGUUCUGAAACCCACCGAAGGUGGAUCGAAAGUUCCUUUGGCGAACUUUUUCACAGAGCACGUGUUCUCUCUCACAUGGGACUGCUCAGCCACGCUCAAGAUCAUCGAUAAGGAUUUCAUAAUGCCGGGAGAAGCCGCUGAGGUGCAAUUGAACCUGAGUCAGAAGAUGUUUAUUGAACCUCAACAAAGAUUCACAAUCCGCAAGGGCACGACUACCGUAGGAACUGGUGUGUUCGUUGAAAAUCUCCCACCUCAAACCGAAGAAGAGAAGAAUCCUCGAAACAAGAAGAAGUUGAUGAAGGCGGAGAUGGAGCGGCUAGGAUUCAAUCCUUAUGGUGAACUAGCUGAGAAGCGCUUGAAACCUGAUUAUUCAAACUCACCAAAGGAUAAUCCAGCGGCCAAAGCUUUUGAGGGUCUAGAGCAAUAA